AUUUCCCAGGCAGUGCAAUACAAAAGAGACCCCAAAAGAAGAAAAGCAGAAGAACAAAUCUUAUCAAUAAAUCAAUAAUCAAUCUCGAAUCAGAUCACCAGUCCAGCCCAACCCAGCCCAGCCCGAAGUCCGACAAAGGUAUAGGGAGAGAAGAGACUAGACUAUAGAGUCUAGACGACGGAGAAAAAGAGAGAACAUAAACAGACGGUACGGAUUGCCCGGCACAUUUUUACUACUCGGUUAUGGCCAAAUCGGACGGAACGGCGGACAACACGCCGGUAAAGGAGGCACGUUGGGGCACGUGGGAGGAGCUGCUGUUAGCAGGCGCCGUCAACCGCCAUGGCACCAAGAGUUGGGACUCCGUCGCCGACGAGCUCCAGAAACGGAGCUCCGUUCCGACGAUGCUGCUAUCGCCUGAGAGCUGUAGACUUAAAUACCUUGACCUCAAGAGACGUUUCUCUUCCGGUGAAGUUAACGGUGUUGACGAUGAGUGUGGCGAACGAACCGAGACCGCCGUACCUUUGCUGGAGGAGUUGCGGAGGCUCCGAGUCGCUGAACUGAGACGCGAAGUUGAGCGUUAUGAUAUCUCUAUCGUGUCUCUGCAAUUGAAGGUGAAGACACUGACGGAAGAGAGAGAUCGGAGUCUGCGAGAGGAUGAGAAAUCAGAUCCGGCGAUGAGUGAGAAACAGGAAAUCCGUUGUGAGGAGAAAAAUGAAGGCGACGUUGAGAUUACCCCGGAAUCGGACGCCGGAGAACCAGUGACCGGCGAUAAGGACCAACAGUCCAUGAAUGAAUCGAAUUCCACGGAUCAGAAAGACGCAAAUGCACGAACCGGUACAAAAGACGACGGGAAACACCUGGAAGCUAUAUUAACCGGAAACGUAGAAGACGAACCGGAUAAAGUAAAAGAGGGAAAACCGGGUCGAGAGGAUUCAUGUAACUGUAGCUCUAACAGCGUGGAAAAGGAACCGGUUCAUGAGGUAGUGAAACUGAAAACAGAACCGGUAACCGACUCGACUGAGUUAUUGGAAUCGGUAGCCGAGUCUAAGGGUAAUGAGGAGGGUACGAAAGAGAACUCUGACGUACAGAGCUCGGCGAGUAAAUCGAGGAAGACAGGGGAUGCUGAUAGGUCGAAUCGGCGGAGUAGCAGCCGUGAUGAGCGUGCAAACACGAACGAAUCUCCAGCCGUAAAAGAAAUGCCCGUCGAAUUUCAACCGUUGAUCAAUUUUCUCGAAAAGAUUGAAAGCAACAAGCACUACGCUUUAUUCAUGCGUCGGCUUGAGAGCCAGGAAACAGAAGAUUAUAAGCUAUUAAUCAGACAACAUAUUGAUCUUGAAAUGGUUCGAGCAUGGCUUGAAGAAGGCAGAUAUCUAGUUUGCAAAGCAAAAUUCUUUCGCGAUUUACUUCUUCUUGCAAACAAUGCCAUCAUCUUCUUCAGGAAGAACACAUCAGAGUUCCUCGCAGCAAUGGAGCUUCGACAGCUUGUCUCCAAUGAGUUGCCAAGAGCCAAGUUUUAUUCCUCAUCCGUGAAGCAGAAGUCUAUAAAACUCGCAUCACUGACGAAGGAAGAAAAUUCUAAGCCCGCUGAGUCUCUGCUUCUGAAGACAAAACAAUCGGGGUCGUUGGUUGUUUGCCGUAAACGCAGUUCUAUCACUCCAAAAUCAUCAGGAUCCUCUUCUGGAGUUGAUAAAAGGAGGGAACAAAUAGCAAGAAGACCUGAUGAUAAACCAGUUACAAACUCAAAACAGCAGCCUUCCCAAACAGUCACCAAUUCCGGGGAAAAUAGAAUCACAAAGAAGAGAACACGCGAUAGAUUCAGUUCAGCUUCCACAACCUCAAGGAGAAAUGAAAAGAAUUCCAGUACCACCAUCCCUACCAAAAAUUCAGCUGCAGUUGUAGAGAAAACCCAAGGAAAGCGAGAGCGAGAUCCUUCUCCCCAGAAUCACCAGUCUAAAAGUGAGAAUACUAAUGACAAAUCUAGCACGGACUUGAAGAAACGAAGUGCAGCAAAUUUCUUGAAUCGAAUGAAACAAGGCUCUUCCUCAAACAGUGGAUCACUCCUGGACGCAUUAAAGAGCACCCCGCUAAGUGCUGAUAGCAAAGGAGGAGGAGGAUACGAGAAGAAGAGAAACGAAAGUGGAAAGAGCAGUGGAAGAAAAGAGCCUGUGUCUUCAAAACCUCCUGAAGCAACACAGCAGACUAAGGAAAAGGGCAGCCUGUCAAAGAAGAGCUCUGGUCGGCCCCCAAAGAGAGGUGCUGCUCCAUCUCCUCAGUUGAGUAAACGAAAUCUGGACGUAGAUCACUCUGAAUCAUUGGCUUCAAAACAACCAAAGAAGAGAGCAAGGAGGUGAUAUUCGGCAAAGGUAUUUUGCUAUGUUGAGUAUUUAGUUGUUUUACUUCCUUAUCUUUAGUUAGGCUUAACUUAACCCUUCCCCAAAAAAAUGAAGGGUUCAAAAAAGCAGAAAUCCAGGAAAAGGUUCAUAUAUACUGUUGGAUAAGUAUUUUCUAUUAACCAAAGCUAUGAAAAUUGGUAGCACUAUUAUGUUUCUCCACUUAUGCUGAGUUAGAAGUAUUUUGGACACUAUCGGAAUGGUAUUCCAGUUCUGAGCUCAACCUUAAAUUACACAAUCUCUAGAAAGGGGUGACCAUGUUUCUUUCAGAAGAUUUUUGACAAGUGUUUGUAUCACCAAAUGAAAACAUAAUUCUUUGUUUAUUGUUGAAUUGAUAGAGUGUUGACUGUUGA